UCGGCUGCAGGACUGCCCCUGACGUCGAGUCUUUGGAUUUUCUUUAAAGAAGACGUUUUGCGUUAUUUUCAACGCUUAUUUAGACUGGCUUGCUAAAAAAACAACAACAACAACCCCGAAUUGGUCAUAAUUACAGGAGCAGGUUUCGCUGUGCGUGGUUUUGAGAAGUGAAAGAGCUCGUGCGUGAGUGAACGUGCACUUCGCGCUGAGUUUCCUGGAGCGGAGACAGACUGACUGACUGACCGACAGACUGACGGUUGAUAUCAAACACUCCUGCACAGCUGCGUCAAGUCCUCACUCCUACAGUAGACGACGAGCAGGAUGUCGGAGGUUAAAGUAACCGAGGGCAGGGUGAGUGUGGAGAUGUGUAGCCAGCCGCUGUUCUACCGCCAGGCGCUUCCCUCAGCCGGAGAGCCCAGGCUGUGUGUGUUGCUGCUGCACGGGAUCCGCUUCUCCUCACACGACUGGGUCAGGAUCGGAUCCCUCAGCAGCCUGGCCGCAGCCGGAUACCGAGCCCUGGCUAUAGACCUGCCAGGUCUUGGUGAGUCGAAGGCAGUGGAGGCUCCUGCAGUGGUGGGUGAGCCGGCCCCUGCAGAGUUUCUGAGGCAGGUGUGUGACGGCUUGAACACCGGGCCUGUAGUGGUGAUCAGCCCCUCGCUUAGUGGCAUGUAUUCGCUGCCCUUUCUCUUCCAGCACUCGGAGCGGUUGAAAGCAUAUAUCCCUGUAGCUCCCAUCUGCACUGACAAGUUCAAGGCUGAACAGUACAAGGCUGUACAGGUCCCAACUCUCAUUGUGUAUGGAGAUCAGGACACUCAGUUAGGUCAAUUGUCACUAAACAACCUGAAGAAUCUGCCCAAUCACAAGGUGGUGGUUAUGCAGGGGGCUGGGCAUCCCUGUUAUCUUGAUGACCCAGUGACUUGGCAUAAAGCUGUCCUCGAGUUUUUGCACACACUGUUGUAAUCUGAACACAACUAGCCACGUAUGGGGUGAUUAUUACUCAGUGAUUACAUUUGAUUUCUACUAAUGAUCAGAAGAUACGUAUAGUUUCAUUCCUGUUUAGAUUAGGUACUUUAGACUAGCUGCCUAAAGAGAGGGCAAAAUCCCUUGCUGAUGUGAACACACAGACUUUCAUAACAAUUUAACUAAUUGGCUAAGUGAGAAAAAAAUUGGGCAUCAUUCCACCACAGCGAGGGAAAUUAUGGCUGUAGCAUUGUUUCCUUGAACCUCUCAAGACAAUAUUUGAUUGCUUCGCUAAAGAUUUAAAUAUUAUUGGAAAUUCUGUGGCACCGAACACAGGCUUUAUUUUCCGCGUUAUUGUUAAAUUUUUUUGCUACUUUAUCAAAAACUCCCCAUUUUAAUGUGCAGAUCGUAUUUCAGUGUCAGAAUAUCCCUGUUUGUUCUAGGGAAGUUUAACCACCAUAGCGAAAGCCAUUACACAACAGCUCUUUAAAAAAAUAAAUUGUGCAACACUUGCCACACUGUUAAUAAACUUACAGGGGUUACUAUCACUAAAAAAGUGCUUUUGUUUUCUCAUCAGUCACCCAGUUAUCAUUAACAUAUUGCAAAAUAAUUAAAUCCUAAGGUUUAUUUUUAUAAAUGGGAAAAAUUAUUUAGAAACAUUUCAAUACAGUUAUAACGCUCUUGAAAUGAUUCCCUUGUUAUGUACCUCAUUUUACACCAUCUUUGUCUGGAUGUAUGUGAUUUUGUCAUGCUCCACAUGCUGCUCUGCUAACUUCAGGGCAUACACUAAGUGGGUAAAUGACACACAAUUAAAAUACUUUUCACAUGUUCUUAUUGUUCUGAACAAAUCCUUUU